CCGCACCGCGCGCCCGCCCACCGCCCAGCUGCCGUGCGGCCAGGUCCUCCCCCCGCCACCAGGCCUGCUCGGUCGAUCUUCGAGCCGAAGAUGCGGCGCGGCUGGAAGAUGGCUCUGUCCUGGGGGCUGCGCUGCUGCCGCCGCGCGCUUUCCUGGGUGCCGGUGCUCGUGAUCGUCCUGGUCGUGCUCUGGUCCUACUACGCCUACGUGUUCGAGCUCUGCCUGGUGACUGUUUUGAGCCCAGCAGAAAAAGUUAUCUACCUCAUAUUCUACCAUGCCAUCUUUGUGUUCUUUACCUGGACCUACUGGAAGUCUAUUUUUACACUGCCACAACAGCCAAACCAGAAGUUCCACUUGUCCUAUACAGACAAAGAACGCUAUGAAAAUGAAGAGAGACCUGAGGUCCAAAAGCAGAUGCUUGUUGAUAUGGCCAAGAAGCUACCAGUGUACACGAGAACCGGGAGUGGAGCUGUUAGAUUCUGUGACCGGUGCCAUUUGAUUAAGCCAGAUCGCUGCCACCACUGCUCUGUCUGUGCCAUGUGUGUAUUAAAAAUGGACCAUCACUGCCCUUGGGUUAAUAACUGCAUUGGAUUUUCCAACUAUAAAUUUUUCCUUCAGUUCUUAGCUUACUCUGUUCUCUACUGCCUGUACAUUGCUACAACGGCCUUCAGCUAUUUCAUCAAAUACUGGAGAGGAGAAUUGCCCAGUGUUCGCUCUAAGUUCCACGUCCUUUUCCUCCUCUUUGUGGCCUGCAUGUUUUUUGUCAGCCUCGUGGUUCUCUUUGGUUACCACUGUUGGCUUGUCAGCAGAAACAAAACCACCUUAGAGGCCUUCUGUACUCCGGUGUUUACAAGUGGCCCAGAGAAAAAUGGGUUUAACCUUGGCUUCACCAAAAAUAUCCAGCAGGUGUUUGGAGACAACAAGAAGUUCUGGUUAAUACCUAUUGGGUCCAGCCCGGGUGAUGGACACUCCUUCCCUGUGAGGUCUAUGAAUGAGUCACAGAACCCACUCCUGGCAAAUGAAGAGACCUGGGAAGACAAUGAUGAUGACAGCCGAGAUUAUCCAGAAGGUUCAUCAUCUCUUGCGGUGGAAACGGAAACGUAGCAGUGUUCACAUUUCCUGCAUCUCUAAGACAGGACCCUCUAUCUCCCACGAAGCUGAUAGAGUUCAAUGUUCGGAACCAUUUUAAUCUUCAAAAUAAGUCACCAUGGCAGAUUGAAAGCUUCACAAUUUGAAGGCAUUCCAUCAAAUACUUGCUAUGCAGGUUGAUGUUUCAGGACUUUACAAGUCAUUUAAACUAUUCGGCGUAUCUAUAGGGACUCCGUGGUAUCGAGGGGAAUCAGACUACAGACUACAUUUGCGGCUUGUGUGCCUGGGCAUUUACAAGCAUGCAUGUAUGUAGCAUAUUUACAUAAAAUGCUGCUGUGGUAUUAUGAAAAUCUGGUUAAAAAAUCUGAGGUUUUUAUUCGAUCAUGGUUCUUCCCUAAAUAGCAAUUUAAAUAUAUGUCGAGCUGUGAACAUCAGGUCCUGUGCCUGUAUCAGGUCCCUAAAAUUCAAGAGAUUCGACACUUUGUGAUCAAGGUGCUCAGAUUGGGAUUGAACGACAAUGAAAUGGAAAACCUGUUCUCUGUCAUAGAGGUGUGCUAUUCCUGAAAUUAUCACAGCUAAUAGGGAAGAUCAGAUCAGAUCAGGUUUCUACUUUAUUAAAUAUAACAACUGGUGUUUUAAAUGCCAGCCUAUGGUAAAA